AUGGACGCAAUAUCGCCUCUAGUUCUGAAGCAAAGAUACCCCUAUGUGUCAUCGCUGCAACAUUCCUAUGAUGGUGGAUCUUUUGUUGUGUACUUUGACGGCUCCUUCCUCACCUGCUCCUACGGUGACAAAGUAAAACUCGUGAGUUCGUCCGAUUCCUCUGCCUUAAGGAGUCUUGACGGGUUUUCAGAGUCUAGUUCUUCCUUCACCUUAAGCCUUGAAGUCAGGUUCCUUUUCACUACCACCGACAACCGUCAAAUUCGAGUUUGGGAGCUCUCCUCCCGUAAGUGCAUUCGUUCGUGGAAGGGAUAUGAUGGUUUAGCAAAGAGCAUGGCAUGCCAUUCUUCUAGUGGAUUUCUAGGUGGAGUAAACAUAAUGGUUUGUGUUUGGGACGUAGACGGUGGAUUUUGCCCACAUUUCUUCAAAGGUCAUUGGGGUAUUGUGACACUCAUCAAAUUCCAGUUACUGUUGUUCUCAGGCGGUGAUGUUGCUAUUGUUCGAGUUUGGAACUUGCAAUCUAAGAAGUGUGUUGCAGUGCUGGAAAACCACUUCUCACCAGUUGCCUCAUUGGCAAUAUAUGAUGAUGGCUCGAUUUUGCUAAGUGCUGGAAGAGCUAAGGUCGUGAACAGAUGGGACUUGCAAAAUUAUAGCUUUAAGAUAGACAAGAGUAGUGUCCAUGAUGUCAUGCUUAUCGGCAGAUCGAUGAGGAUUUUCAUAGUUCAGCAGCUUGUAAUACAUUUUGCCUAUUGGGUACCAGAUGAUCUUCCUCGUGGGCUACUACUUAACAGAUGA